GCAGGACCUCGAGAUGACCGCUGGAGCAUCUGUGGUUCCAUCCCUUCAAACCUACUUCCGGUUCCGAGACCUGUUGCUAGGAGACCAGACAUUUCAUGAUGACAGGGUCCAUGUGGAGUUUUAUGUGGAUGAGAACACGUUUAAAGAGAGACUCAAACUUUUCUUCAUCAAAAACCAAAGAUCCAGUUUAAGGAUCCGAAUAUUUAACUUCUGCCUGAAGCUUUUGACAUGUGUUCUUUACAUAAUUCGAGUCAUGACGGACAAUCCAGCCCAGCUCCGCCACACAUGCGUCAACUGCAACAGCACCACGCAGACCAACGAGAUCAACUGCACAUGUGGUAUCCAGCAUUUAGAGCGAGCUGGUAAGAAGAGUCUGUCUCUCUUCAAAGCUUUGUAUUUUUGCAUCGUGACCUUCUCUACGGUGGGCUUCGGCGAUGUGACGCCGCAGAUCUGGCCGUCUCAGCUGCUGGUGGUGGUGAUGAUCUGUGUGGCCCUGGUUGUGCUGCCUCUACAGUUUGAGGAGUUGAUCUAUCUGUGGAUGGAAAGGCAGAAAUCUGGAGGAAACUACAGCAGACAUCGAGCUCAGACAGAGAGACAUGUGGUCUUAUGUGUCAGUACUCUCAAAAUCGACCUACUCAUGGACUUUCUCAAUGAAUUCUACGCUCAUCCUCACACACAGGAUUAUUACGUGGUCAUCUUGUGUCCAUGUGAGGUGGACGUCCAGGUGAGGAGGAUUUUGCAGAUUCCUCUCUGGUCACAGAGGGUCAUCUACCUUCAAGGCUCCGCCCUCAAAAACCAGGAUUUACUGAGAGCCAAGAUGGACGAUGCAGAAGCUUGUUUCAUUCUCAGCAGCAGGAAUGAAGCUGAUCGCAUGGCGGCAGAUCACCAGACUAUUCUGAGGGCUUGGGCUGUGAAAGACUUCGCUCCGAACUGCCCUCUUUACGUCCAGAUUCUCAAACCUGAAAACAAGUUCCAUGUUAAAUUUGCAGAUCAUGUAGUGUGUGAAGAAGAGUUUAAAUACGCCAUGUUGGCUCUGAACUGUCUGUGUCCGGCCACCUCUACGCUGAUCACCCUACUGGUGCACACAUCUCGAGGACAAGAGGGCCAGCAGUCUCCAGAGCAGUGGCAGAGGAUGUACGGCCGUUGUUCGGGUAAUGAGGUGUAUCAUAUCCGUCUGGGCGACAGUAUGUUCUUCAGAGACUACAACAGCAAAAGCUUCACCUACGCGGCCUUUCACGCCCACAAGAAGUAUGGCGUGUGUCUGAUCGGCGUGAAGAGAGAAGACAACAAAAGCAUCUUGUUGAACCCUGGGCCGCGCCACAUCAUGUCUGCCAGCGACACCUGUUACUACAUCAACAUCACGAAGGAGGAAAACUCUGCCUUCAUCUUCAGACAGGAAGAAGAUCAGGGAAAGGGGCGGGGCCACUGUGACAUUUUAAACAGCCCGUCUGGCCUACCUGUUCAUAGCAUCAUCGCUAGCAUGGGAACGGUUGCCAUGGAUUUUCAGAACACCAGUCCCACUGAGAGCGGCGUAAAACUGGCUCCGCCCCCGGAGAACGAACAAGGAAGCCGCCGCCCAAGCAUAGCGCCCGUUCUAGAGCUCGCUGACUCCGCCUCCUUACUGCCAUGUGAUCUGAUCAGCGACCAAUCAGAGGAUGAGGCCGGACAGUCGGAUGAAGAUGUAACAGCUAAUGAAUUUGUGAAAGGAUACCCCCCAAACUCUCCAUACAUUGGGAGCUCCCCAACCCUUUGCCAUCUCCUGCACCAGAAGGCCCAUUUCUGCUGUUUACGGCUUGACCAGAGCUGUGAGCAUGUUUCCUUUGAGGACGCAAAAGCGUAUGGCUUCCAAAACAAGCUGAUCAUUGUUUCUGCUGAGACGGCUGGAAACGGCCUUUACAACUUCAUAGUGCCUUUAAGAGCCUAUUACAGACCCAGACGAGAGCUCAACCCUAUAGUCCUGCUGUUAGAUAACCUACCCGAUGACCACUUCCUUGAGGCCAUAUCCUGCUUCCCAAUGGUGUAUUAUAUGGGUGGCACCAUUGACAAUUUGGACAGCCUAUUGCAGUGUGGUGUUCUGUAUGCUGAUAAUCUAGUGGUGGUGGAUAAAGAAAGCACUAUGAGUGCAGAGGAAGACUAUAUGGCUGAUGCUAAAACCAUCGUCAACGUGCAGACCAUGUUCAGGUUGUUUCCAAGUCUCAGUAUAAUCACAGAACUGACUCACCCGUCAAACAUGAGAUUCAUGCAGUUCAGAGCGAAGGACUGUUACUCCCUCGCUCUGUCCAAACUCGAGAAGAAGGAACGUGACAAAGGCUCGAAUCUUGCCUUCAUGUUUCGACUUCCGUUUGCUGCUGGUCGAGUCUUCAGCAUCAGCAUGCUGGACACACUCCUGUACCAGUGUUUUGUGAAGGACUACAUGAUCCCAAUAGCCAGAUUGCUGCUGGGAUUGGACACCACGCCGGGAUCAGGGUACCUGUGCGCUAUGCACGUAUGCGAGGCUGAUCUCUGGAUCCGCACGUACGGGAGACUCUUCCAGAAGUUCUGCUCGUCUAGUUCAGAGAUUCCCAUCGGAAUCUACCGCACAGAAUCACACGCAUCACCUGAGUUUCAAGGUUCCGUCAGCAUUGAAAGGUUAAACGACACCAGGGAGAAGGGGGAGGAGUCAAAGAUCCUCACCCGGAGCUCCUCCAGCAGUGACCAAUCAGAGCACCCGCUCCUGAGAAAGAAGAGCAUGUACUGGACGAGGCGUCUCAGUAGGCGGAGCGUGAAGAGGAGCGACUCCUCCCUCAGCUCCAUCCAGCAGCGUAUGGGCAUGUUACGCCGCUCGGAAAGGGAGGAGCUUACGGAACUGGUCAGAAACCGCAUGCAGCACUUGGGCCUGCACACGGCGGGAUACAAGGAUGUCACAAAUCUAACAGCCAGUGAUGUAAUGAACCGAGUUAAUUUGGGGUAUUUGCAAGAUGAGUUGAAUGACCAGCAGAACUCCAUCUCAUAUGUGCUGAUAAACCCCGCCCCCGACACGCUGCUGCAGCUCAAUGAUGUUGUGUUCCUGAUCCGUCCGGAUCCACUGGCUCACGUACCAGAAGCGCCGCCUGUACAAACCCGCCGGUGCCGGUCCACGACUGACACACCAGAACUCAACAAGAUUUAACCGGUCAGAACUACAUCAUACGCCAAAAGCUAUGAUAUAUAACUGGACUAUAAAGAGCUGUCGGCACUUUAAACUUUUCACUCAUAUAAGCUCUUGCUCUUAGAUUCAUCAGUGAUAUUAUGGUCUG